UUCCUUUCAGUUUUGUACAAGCAGCAGCAUGGGUUGGUGGUAAAAGGAGGGUCCCUCCAGAGAGAGGGUGUCGUGAUGUGUGUGUUCCCUUUGUUGUUAUUGUUGUUUCUGGAUGUGUGUUUUUUUUUGUAGAGGUUGGGGAGACUGUUUACAAGUUCAGCUUCUUUUUUCAAGCAAGCCUUUUGAACAAGCAAGCAACAGGAAUAUAAAAUCAUAAAGACAAAAACCUCCCCAUACAUAUACACAUACAAAAAAAUGGCCCUCAUAUCCGAAUCCCUCUACACCGAACUCGGAACCUCAAUGGCAACGCUCAGUCGUACGGUCCUUCGCCGCCUCGUCUCAACACCUCCUCAUACCCCUUCCACAUCCAUCUCAACCACCCAAUCAUCGCAACCUCUCCCACCGUACACACCGCGCACGGAAUACGAUGAUCCGCCACCAAGAUACGUUCCUCCCCCGCCGUAUACGCAGCGACAGGGGUGGAGGUUCAAAUUGUCGAGACUCAAAUCGAGUGGGAGGGUAUCGGAUACUCCUCCGACGAGUCAUAUUACCACAAGGACGUACGGUUCGUAUUCGCCGCGUCCAGGGAGGGUAUAUGGUGAUGCGUGUGUUUGGGUAGUGGGUGUUUGUUGAUCAAAACACUCGUGGGAUUGUAAAAAAAGUUGGAAUACUUUUUCGAUAUGUGAGUGAACGAUUUAUUUGCUUUGUAUGCUAUGUUUUUGUUUAAUCUGUACAUUCGCUGUGUGAUUCUUUUCGAUA